AUGGAGAGUCGCUCGGACAGUAUAAAGGAUCCGAUUUAUUAUCCAUCGAUGCAGGAGGUCGCAGAGGGAAACGAAACGGUGGCGGAGACCGAAACCGAGAAAAGGAGCAGAAGUUCUGCUGGCAGCCAGGAACUUGGCUUGGAAGAGGGCAACGCGUUGAAAGUGCCGCGCAAAUUCAUCACGAACUGGCGACAAGCUUGUGAUCGUACACGCGACAGAACGAAAGAUUUAUUGAAGAGAUGGCGAGCCGUUUCGGCUAAUGUCGAUGAAAUCGUUAGUGAUCCAGCUUCCAAUAAAGAAUUGGAACAUCCCGGUUGGAGCGUGCAUGUUUGGACAACUUGGGUCAGUCGAUAUCCGAGCGACGAGAAUCUGAUCGCUAUAGAAGCGAAGAGGGGAGGAAAGUUGAAGGAUCUGGCGCCCAUUCAGCGCGACAAAUUUUCACAUUUUUUCACUUAUCUGUUGGACCACGACAGAGAUGGUUUUAUCAAUCGAAAAGAUUUCCGAAUGUUUUCAGAGCGACUCAGAAGAUUCGCGGACUGGUCGUGGAACGGGCCCGAAAACUUGCGACUGAUAGAGGCGGAGCAAGGACUCGCGGACUUGAUAUUUCAACAGAAGAAGCAAGAAGCUGACCGAGAAAAGAGCAUUAGCUUGGAAGAAUGGCUAUGUUGGUGGGCGCGUGUCGUCGCACCAGCCGGUGGCGCGUCUUACAACGAAAUUCCAUUUUGGUUGAAAAUCUUGCCACGGAUACUUUUCCUCGCUAUCAAUAGCGCCGUGAAUGGAGUGAUCUCGAAAAGAGAGCUUGGAUCGUUUUAUGGAUCAGUCGUCGGCCUCGAUUCUGAUAGGAUCUCCAAAUGUCUGGAUGUAGCAUAUAAUUCUCUGACCUCGAACGGGGACCAUCGCCUCGGUUGGCCACAGUAUCAGCUCGUAUUCGCCAACUUUUUAUUCGGUCGCGGCCCAUUCGGGCCAGGAGAACAUUUUUUCGGUAUUCCUGACUCCUGCUUGAUACGGGGCAAUAACGUGUCAUUCCCAAUUGAUUAUUCCGCGAUGAAUACGCCGAAAGAUAAAUUGGAAGUGUACAGGCCACAUUGCAGAAGUGCUCGGCGUAGCGUGGUAGUUUGAGGCAAGGUAAAAUAGAUAGAAGUGGUAAUGAAUACUAAGUACGGGCAAACAUCAGUGACUUGUCCCAAGGAUUAAUCAGACAUCGGUUAGAAAGCCAAUUUAUGUAAAAAUAUAUGAUUAUAUUCAGAGAAAUUGA